UGAAAAUGGAAGGCAAGAAGAAAUCUUCAGAGUCAACAUAUCCGUGCUCAAGUCUUAUGGAAGGAUUAUCAAAAUUCUCUGAUUUUGCCACAGCUAGAAUUCCUCCAGGACCUCAAUUUAUUCCAUUCAACUGGGCGAUAAAUUCAUUGAAAGGUUUAACCGGCGUUUACUUAUUCUUAAUCAUGCUGUAUCAUGACAACUUUUCCUUAGGCGCCUGGGUCUAUUUCACUGUGCAUGGUUCUUAUGGAAUGUUCUGGAUUCUAAAAGACCAAAUCUUCCCUGAUUCAAAGUUUGGUGUAAAAAUCACAUUGAUGUCUUGCACUCUUCCUUAUAUUGUGAUGUAUAUCUACUUACUUCCCGGAUACAGAAUGCUAUCAACUCACUCAGGGAAUGAUCCUUCAAUAGGAAGAAUAAUAGCUUGCUAUGUUUCAUAUGUACUUGGUAUCUUCUUAAUGAUAGGAUCAGAUCUACAGAAGCAUUUUUCAAUCAAAUAUAACCCAGGAUUAAUCAACACAGGAUUUUUCAAAAUGACAAGGAAUCCUAAUUAUCUUGGAGAAAUCUUGAUUUACAACAGCUUUGCCAUUAUCGUAGCCAGAAUGGAGUUCUGGACAAUUCUGUUCUACGCCUACACUAUUAUCUUUGGAAUUAGAAUGCUUGUUAAAGAUUAUUCUCUAAGCAGGAAGGUGGGAUGGAAAGAAUAUGAUAGUUACUUGCUCCUACCUAAAUUUAGUACAAGCACAGUUGAUAAUAUCGUCAUUUACAUGUUCAUAGCCUUCGGGAUUUUUUCUAUGUAUAUAACAGGAGGAAUACUCCCAUUCUUGAAAGAAUUGAAGAGUAUUUUGAUAUAUCAAGAUUCUGAACACUUCUGUUCUUUAGUUCGCUCUUCAGAUGCUUAUGGAUACUUGACUAAUUAUAUAUCGACUUAUGUAUCUCUGAUUAAAUAGAUGGUAUUGAGUUAAUAACCUGCUUCAACACAUAAAAUAAU